UGAGAGUGAGUGUGUGUUAGUGUUGAUCUGAGAGUGAGUGUGUUUUAGUGCUGAUCUUAGAGUGAGUGUGUGUUAGUGCUGAGCUGGUUUAUGGUGGUAGACCGCCCAGUUUCCGUUCUUCAGUGAAACGCUGGUGCUGCAGUACUUUCUCUUUCGGUUUAGACUGCAGGUCUCGGUUCAGAUCAGAUCACAAGUGCGUGUUCACGAGGAUUCUCCUGAUCUUUAUGGACUGUUCUGGAAUUAUAAAGACCCAGAGGAACAGAGAACCCUGAGAAACUGUUUCAGUUCCAGUAUGGAGUCUCCUCUGGUGGAUGAUGAUAUCUGUAUCCUGAAGCACGAGACGGCGUACGUGGCGGAGAGUCCGGUGGCCGCGUGCUCGGGCGAUGAGUCUGUGGCGUCGCACUUCGCGCUGGUGACGGCGUACGAGGACAUAAAGAAGCGGCUGCGGGACACCGAGAGAGAGAACACACUGCUGCGCAAACGCGUCAAACAGCUGGAGGACAAGCUGUUCAGACCUGAAGCUCCGCCCUCUGAGGGACCGCAGUACAUGAAUAAAGCUUUUAGUGCUUAUAGAGGAAUCUACAUGGAGAAGAAGGACCUGCAGGCCGAGCUCAAUAAACUGAAGAAGGAGCGGGUGGAGGCGGAGCGGAUGCUGCAGGAUCAGCUGCAGAGUAAAGAGCUGGAGAUCCUGCAGCUGAGAUCAGAGCUGGAGACCAGCCAGGUGAUGAAGAGUCUGAAUGAGACGCAGGAUUACUGGCAGGUGGAGCGCAGCAGCAGCAGCUGCAGUACUGAAGUUCACCUGCAGGAGGAGCUGGAGCGACUGCGUCUGGAGAACAUCCACCUGCACCAACUCUGUACCUCCACCUCACAGGGUAUUUCAGACCUUAGUUCAGACGUUCAGAGUGAGGACAGCCAGGAGGGGGCGACAAACUGCAGGUCGGUGGCGGCGGCGGGGGUGAUGAGGUCGUAUGAGGAGCUCUGCAGUGAGAUGUCCCGCCUCCGCUCGUUACUGAGCGACCAAUCCCAGCUGAUGAAGAAGCUCCGAGAUAAACCGCUGCCCCCGGUGCUCCGGAGAGCUGCCUCGGCUCUACCGGUGCAGUGUUUGGACGAUGUGCAGAAGAACUCCUCCCCCGUUAGAGUGACCGCCCCCCGCCCCCCCAGCGCACCCCCCCUCCCCUCCAGCGUGGGACGUCCCACUGCGGCCGAGGGUCUUCAGGAGAGCUCCUGGAAGUCGACGUGGCCCCUGCAGCGCCCCGCCCCCCUCGGCAGCCCCGCCGGACCCUCCACCCCCCUCAGCCACAGCUCCCCCUCCCUGGAGGACGGGUCCUGGUCCAUCCCCAGCCACCCCCGGCCCAGCGACGCCCUCUUCUGGGAGGGGCCAAAGUCCAGCGGCUCCAGCUCUGAUUGGGCCAGGCCGUACUGACUGGCAAGCCCCGCCCCCAACGCAAAGACGCCUUACCUGCCUUAAGAGCACCGGCCUCUCUGACAGGGUUGCCAGAUUGCUUUAAAAUCAGUUUCUCGAUCUCCCUCUCCAGGCUCCGCCCACUUACGUUUUCUUCCAUCCCAUUUAGCCCUAAUGAGAGACUGUAGCUCCGCCCCCUCCGCGUAUAACAUCACAAUACCUACAUUGAGUGUUAUUAAUAUACAGCUCUGGAAAUAAGUAUAAAAAUAAAAGAGAUUUUGCUAUUUAUAGGUUUAUAUUUGAGUAAAAUGAACAUUGUUGUUUUAUUCUAUAAACUACAGACUACAUUUCUC